AUGUUACUUUUUUUAUAUACCUUUUUUAUAUUUGUGUCGAGAAAAAAGGUAUUAAGUCAGGAUAUAUGCAACCUAUCUCCAACUAAACCAAAUAAACUUAUCGGAUAUUAUCCCGCUUAUAAACUUAAUUCAAAACCGGGGGUAGAUUUUAAUAUCAGUCCAUCAAUUAAUUACUUAAACUAUAUUGCCUUUGGUCCGAAUGACCUUGUUUAUAAUGGUGCUGAUGGAGGCCCAUCUAAAUUUUUUGACACUUCCAAAUUUUCUGAACUGUCAAACUAUAUACGCAACAAUAGUCCAAAGCCUAAGAUUAUUCUAUCAGUCUUGUUACCAACUGAUGGGAAUAAUUUAACUCAAUUCUUUAAUAAACAGUCUGGUGAUCCGGAUCAGGGUUGGUAUAAUCCGAAUAGCACACAAAAUAAGAAAUUUAUUGAGGACUUAAUUACUAUUGUUAAAAAGUUUAACUUUGAUGGAAUUGACAUUGAUUAUCCCUUUAAAUUUCCGUGCUAUCCUUCAAUAGGAUUCAAUGAUUCGAAUUUUCUAAGUUUCCUAAGUGCCAUAUCAGAUCAAUUAGACGAGGAUAAGAAUUUAACAGUUACAGCAGGCCAAUAUCCUAUAAAGGGCUUCAAUUCCAAUAUCAUCGAUUUUGUAAAUAUUCAGGCAUUUCAUCUUAAUAUAAAUAGCGUGAAUACAAGUGCUGGAUUAGACGGAAUCACACAAAUUUUGAAUUCUUGGAAUAUUACAGAUAAAUCAAAAUUUGCUUUAAGCGUUGAAUUUGGAGGAAUUGUCGAAAUUGUUUCCUCCAAGAAUAUUACUUCUGACAUUGAGAGUCAACAAUUUCAACUAGUAAAUGGCACAAAUUUUACUUUCACGUUAUCCAAUGUAUCAAUUUCAGAUCAAUGUAAUCGUUCAUCAUAUGCAUAUUUGUCAUGGGAAAAUUUAAAUAAUUCAUUAUUAUCACCAUCCUCUUGUGCUGCAAAUUUAACUUCUUCAUCGUCAGCAUGGACCUAUGGCUUUGCUAAAAAUGCGAAACAACCAUAUCUUUACCACCAAAAUUCGUCUAAUCAGCCUAGCCUUAAUCCGUUUGGUUCAUCUAAUUCGUCUAAUGCGUCUUCAAUAUACUACGUUAUUUUCUAUGAAGAUUAUCAAUCGUUAAAUGCUAAAAUCGACUAUAUAAAAAACAAUAGUUUAUUCGGAAUUGCUAUUACAGAUAUCAGCAAAGAUUCACAAUUGAUAGACUUCGUUAUAGGAAGUCGGCCAACUCAGCCUGGAAAAAGUACACCUUCAGGUACCCCAUCAUCUAUAUCUUCAUCUACAUCUUCAGCUAAUAUAGGUGCAAUAUUAGGUUCUAUUGUUUUUGUUAGCGCAUUAAUAGCUAUUGGCAUCAUAUUGUAUCGAAGAAGACACGGAGCAAAAAUGUCUAAUCCACUCAUAGAUACAAAUAAUCAAGCUUGCUCGGAUACAAAUCCACAGGUUUACUCUGAUAUAAAUCGUCAGAUUCGUCCAGAUACAAAUAAUCGGAUUUUCUCAGAUACAAAUCAUAAAGUCUUCUAA